CCCCCCCCCCCCUACCCCUACCUCCUCCUCCUCCUCCUCCUCCUCCCCCGAACUAAUCGGCGUCAAAAAAAGCUCCGGAGAGUUUGUUCCAACCGACCGUCGUGGACAAUGGUCAACGGCACGACAGCGGUCUUGGAGCCGACGUAUACGGGAUACGUUGCGACGACGCAUGAUGCCCUGAUUCUGUUCGAGGCCUGCCUCACCGGCGUGCUCCAUCAUGUCCCCCGCCGGCCUCAUGAUCGCGAACGCAGUCACCUCGUGCGCAGCGGCAGCGUGUUCAUCUACGAGGAGAACUCCUCCGGCAUCAAGCGAUGGACCGACGGCGUGACCUGGAGCCCCAGCCGCAUCCUGGGCAACUUUCUGGUCUAUCGCGAGCUCGAUAAGCCGUUUCCCCCGGGCGAGAAGAAACGGGCGAUGAAGAAGGGCAGUCGGCGACCGGGCCAGUCGACCCGACCGGGAGAACCGUAUCCGCGACCAGACAGCAACGGCCAGUCCUCCUACUCCCCCUCUACCUCCUCGUCGGGUCCCUUUGGGGACCGCCCCUCCUCCGAAGUCGAGCGAGCGCUGGUCGGUUCUCUCGUCGAUUCGUACGGAUUCAAGGACUCCGGGCUGGUGAAGAAAACGAUGAGUGUAACGGUCUCGGGAGUGACUCACCACCUGGUCUCCUACUACAGUGUCGAGGAUGUGCUGAAAGGCGUCUUGAGUCCCCCCUCGAUGGUCGAGUCGUUGCGAUACAUCCGGCCGCGCGCGGAGCUCACCUCCAAGCAAAGUUUCCGCGCCCCCAUCGAUGACCUGGAGUCCGCCCUGGAAAAUCCCAACGAUCCCACCAAUGCGCUCUACUAUCGUCAUGCUCUGGUUCCCCCUCCGAGUUACGGAUUGCCCAGUCCCCAUCCGGACUACUACAUGCACAGCGCGCCGUAUGGGACACAUCCAUCUCAACCGGGUGCAUUGACAUAUCCGAGCGGAGCAUUGCCGCCCCAGUCGGCGUCGAAUGCGUAUCUUCCAGCUCCAUCAGGCUCCUCCCAGUUGCCUGUGAAAGCGGAAGCAGAGAACUCGGCAUUCCGCACGGGACCGUAUGGCACGGGUUUCGACUCACUGAACCAGAAUCAUCUACCCACGACCAUUCCACCGACGUUAAACACCACCACCGUUCCCAAUUCCAUGAAUGAUCGGAAUCGAUCUCAGCAGACCAGCAGCCCUACCAUCUACCGAAAUCCGUCCCUGACCUCUCGUACUCUUCCUACCGAUACCGACCCGUCGACGUCCGCGGCGACGUAUUCACGAGGCAGCUUCAGCAUCUCGGGGACAUUGGAUGGCAGUUCGAAUCAAUCUCUCGACCAACGCGGUAUGGCCUCCACAUCGUUUGAUCCGACGGUCCCUCGACGGGACUCCAAUCCGAUUGCUCCGUCCUAUUACGGCACUGGCGAUCGACAGAACUACUACGUGGGAGCGGCAACUCAUUCGAAUUAUCCCACUGCACAGCCAAUUUCGGCCUGGACCACCACCGCACCAGCCCAGCCGCAGAUUUAA